CCUCUCACAUGUCAGUUGUCUACUGGACGCAAACAGACGCUACGGAUUUUUAAAAAAAAGGGACAAAAGAUAAAGACUGAAGAAUUUAAAGCACGCAUAAAUAAAACACUAAGUAUUUAAUAAAGUACUUAAAAAAAAAAUGGAUCCAUUUACUCAGCGAAUGCUAGAACGUGCGAAAGCAAGAAGAGAAAAAUUAGAUACACAAUUAUCUAAUGCUGGACAUGAAAUAAAACGUCGUAGCCCUUUGAAAGAAGCUACGAUAAAUAUUCCUAGUCCUGUUAAAACUCCACCCAAGUUGACUGUUCAAGAAAAUAAAGAAAACACAACAACAUUAGCUGCUAAUGUUAAAUCCAAGCUUGACAGAUUAGGAAAACUGUACUCUGAUGAGGAUCGGGAGCUGUUGAGUUCGCCGAUUCACCGUACUGAGGAAAAAUUCAGCGCUGAAGAGACCAGUGAUGUGAGUGCAAGCAAAAAAUGUGGAGUUGGUGGAGCCCGGCUGGACCGUUUAGCUGCACUUGCUUCCACUAUUAAUAAUUGGGAAGAUGAUUUGUCACAUCCUACUGUGGCACCAAAAGAACCCAUACGAAAAACAAACACAAGGUUUAAUUACAAACCAUCUCCAACAAAAGCUCAAGAACGCAGUGUACGCGCCAGCAGUAUCGGCAGAGAUGUUCCUGAAAAAAAGAAGUUAGUAAGCGAGAAGACAAAGACGCCGGAGAAAGCAGUCCCAUCAACUUCAAAGACCCCGGAGAAGAGCGUCGCGUCUACAUCUAAGGACCGCCAAGGAAGUUACAGGACGCCGGAGAAGAGUACGAAGGAGGUCGCAAGUGGAAAUCGGACGCCAAGCAGGUUUGGUGGUUACAGUGGUUCUCCAAAAAGUAAAAUACAAUCACCAGGUUCAGUAUUGAGUAAAGCCUCGUUAUUUGAAUCCAAAAGUUUAGCUACUAAGGCCAAGGAUCCCGCGGAGAUGUCACUUUCUGAGAGGAUGGCGAUGUUUGAAAGGAAUAAGGGCGAGGCUUUGAUUCCAAAGGCUCCAUUGUCGUUACCAGUUUCCACUAAGAAGCUUAUGGAGUGUCAGAAAGUCUGCAAUCAAACCAGUACCGAUCAACGAAGUAAAGUCAACACUGGGACACAAAAUAGACGUGCGUUAUUUGAAGGAUUGCCUAAACAGCAAUUAGAAAAUGAUAUUUUACGUGACACACAAGCUGAAAGAAAAAAAGAAUUAGAGAUGUUAAGAUCUCGGUUUAAUAAAAAUAAAGAGUCAGCCCAAGCUGCCGCUGGGUCUUGUAUAAGACCGAGAAAUAACAGCGAUGGGUCGCCGAAAAAUUCACCAGUAUGUCCUGUCAAACCUACACCAGCCACUGAACAAGCGCCGCCACCACCACCGCCAUUACCUUCAGCUCAAGAAUCCCGUACACCAACGAAGCGUCAAGUAACGACACUAAAAGCACCAGCUGUGCAAACAACUCGCACAAUAUUUUCAGAUGUCAAACGUAUUAAAGUAUCUCCACCUAAGCCAGGUCACUUAUACCCCGACUUGACAGCUAUUGAGUCUUCGGAAACCGAAACAACUGACUCGGAGUACACAGUGGGUACGACAGAAGCCGAGACAGCGACAUUAGAUGAGCCAACUGAUACUGAAACAGAUCUAGAUGAUUACUAUGGUCUUGAGCAAGAAGUAUCAACAAACUGCGACGAUAGUAAUACUAGUUUUGAAAACAGUAUCAUGCGGGUCGUAAAAGAAAGUAAGAAGUCGAAUAGCUGUAACAAGAGACAAAUUGAAUCCGAUGAGAGUUCGACAUCUGACAUAUCAGUGCUUGAUGAAAUGGAUGAGUACUUAGACGAAUGUCUAGCUCUUCAGGAGGCGCAGAAUCAUGGUCCGACUCCUCCAAAGCAAAAUCGCGCUGGAAACAGCCCGUCUAUGGCAUCAACAAGUUUUAAAUACUCCCAGAAUAUUUAUAAAUCUCCAAUUAAAAUUACGCCGUCUGGCUCGCCGCGUAAGAAAGAUCAGUACAUUAUUGAUGGUGGCCAAAAAGAUCAAGUCCCUCUGAUGCACAGCGUGAGUUUUUACCGCCGGCAGCAAUGCGAGGCUGCCAAGACACCCGUUAGGCAAGUAAAGCGGUCCGUUGAGUCAACGGACUGCGAAGAGCCAACGGAUGACAAUGAAACUGCAAUGGUACAGGUCAAAAUCAAACAGUUAAUGGAGGAUGUCUGUAAACAACAGACGGUAAUUGGUCAGGCGAGCCAGGCGUUGAACUUGUGUACGGCCACGGUUGAAUUCAGUGGAUCCCGUGAGCAAGUUGAAGGCGAGCGAUUACUUCUGGUAGCGACUCACCGUCGACAUGCAGCUCUCAAUGAGAUCCAGAGAAUGCGAGUCGAGGGAACACUUCGACCUGUUUUGCCUGGAUCGUCUCCUAGACAAGAAAGUGGAUCGCUUACUAUUUCAGCGCUUACUCUUCCUUUGAAACGCGACCACUCGUUCAAUAUAAACUCGGACAUGUGUUUGCACUUUUUAUGUUUAAUCCGUCACCUAGAUACGGUAAUAGCGACGCCUGUAGUCCAAGUUGAUCGAAACGAUUCUUGUAUCCGUUUUCCCUCGACAAUUAAACUCGAUGACCUUUAUUCAGAUUUUAAAAUUACUAUUGAAGUUUACUCGCUUGAGACGCGAGCAGAAAUUUUACCCCAUGAAAUUAAAUAUCACAUAAAGGACAGCAAUAAGAAAUACUCUAAAUACGAGAGUAAGUUAAUUAAACCUUCGCAUCCAUCUCCUGGUGGACCAGGAGCUGUACGGUCGCCAUCAUUCAGUUUAACUGGAUACGUAGUGUUCAGUUUAAAAGAAAUAAACCGAAACCAAUUUACUCUCAACAAAGUACCACGUAAUUCAUCACUGGAAGGACACCUGCUGAUGCAUGUUUCAUGCGAGCUCAAUAUUUCUAUUGAACAUCGUGGGUUCCUCACGAUGUUCGAAGAUAUUGGGGGAUGUGGGUCGUGGCGGAGGCGCUGGUGUUUACUUAAAGGUGAUACAUUGUCGUCCUGGACUUAUCCGGAGGACGAAAAUAAGAAAACGCCAGUCGACUCCCUUGGAUUACGAGAGGUAAUUACGACAAAUGUAAGUUUAGUUUCGAGAGACAUUUGCGCACGACCCAACACCUUUUUACUUGAGACCAUGAGACGUGCUCAGCCUAACGACAAAGACAGCUUGGUCGUGGUUAAAAAUGGGCCUAAUACUACCAUAAGACAUUUAUUAAGCGCCGACACUAAGGAAGAACGACUAAAAUGGUGUUCUAAAAUUAAUAGUUCGCUAAACUUGAUACGAGCCUGGGGAGGGAUUUCUCCUACGAAUUAAUUCUCGAUUAAACGCGUAACUAUCAAUUAUUUUUUAUCAUUAUUAACCAUGUAUAGUAUUAAUAAAUUGUAAGCUAAUCUAUACAUUGACAUUUUUAUAUUUAUAAAUUUUUUUAAUUGCUUAAGCUACAAUGGAGUUUAAUCUCAUCUAAUAUACAGAUGCAAUUUCAAUAAUAAAAUAUGUAAAUAUAAUUAAAAUAAGUUUUGUUGAGUGUAAACUCUAUAAUUAAUAUAGUAAUUAGUAAAAUUAAUUACUCGACCAAUUACUAACUAAUUACUAACUAAUUUUGUAUUUUU